AUGGAAGACCAGAAGGAUAUUGAACACGUUAAUAUAGACUCUCAUCUUCCAACUGGCGGGGUUUUACCACGUCAUGCAAUCCUCAAUGAUCCCGAACUCGACAGCCUGACCUUGUACGAGAAGAAGGCCUUGCUGGUCAAUCGCGAGCUCGACAGUCAUGGCAUGGGAAAAUACCAGUGGUACAUAUUCUUUCUCUGCGGCUUUGGCUACCUCUUAGACCUGCUGUACGCGCAAGCAUUUGGUCUGGUAGAGCCAGCGAUUCAGCAGGAGUUUGGCUUUGGAGGCCGACAAUAUGCAUUCAACCUGACGGUCCUGAUAGCUUCUGUCUUUGGCCUCGCGCUUGCGGGACCUGACACUUACAAUGGCGUACUCGUACUGACAGCUUUCGUUGGCUUCGGCGUCGGAGGGAACAUCCCCAUUGACACGACAAUCUGCCUUGAGUUCAUCCCUCAAAAUCGGCGCUUCCUAUUGGCCUUGCUCUCGGUUUUUCAGCCAAUUGGUGUAGUUCUAUGCUCCGCCAUAACGUACGGCCUAUUGCCCAAAUACUCCUGUGGAACAGACGCCAAUGGGGACGAUCUGAAGGCAUGUAGCAAGGUGGCAAAAGGCGCCGAAUGCUGUACAAAGGCGAGCAACAUGGGCUGGAGAUACACUCUGAUCUGCCUGGGAGCGAUAUGUCUGGUUAUUUUCUUCCUCCGAUUCGUUCUCUUCACUUUCCAAGAGUCACCUAAGUUCUUACUGUACCGAGGGAAGGAUGAAAAGGCUGUCCAAGUCUUACACAACGUGGCAAAAUUCAACAAGAAAGAAAGCAGCAUCUCACUAGAAGUAUUCGAUGCCUUGACCUCGGAAGACAACUCGCAAGCAAGUGCCGAUACAUUCGGCGGAGGCGCAAAGCAGCUGAAAGCCAAUUGGCGUGAAAAAAUAAGCCUUGAACUCCAGAGAUACAAGAUCCUUUUCAAUGGUUUCAAUAUGGCGCGCCUGACGAUCUUAGUCUGGAUUACAUACAUGUUCGACUAUUGGGGCUUUAGCAUAGCUGGCUCCUUCCUCCCCAAGAUCCUACUGAAGAAGAACAAAGACAUCAAGGUCUCCACUGCUGAAACCUAUCGCAACUUCAUCCUUAUCUACUUCCCUGGCAUCUUCGGCGUGCUCCUCGGUGCCCUGAUGUACACCGUGCCACGAAUCGGACGUAAAUGGGCCAUGGUUGGUUCAUCGGCUCUGAUGGGCGCCUCCCUCUUCGCUUUCGCCGGUGUCAACACUCAAGCCUCUAAUAUUGGUCUCAACGCCAUGGAAUACUUCUUCCAGUCCAUGUUCAACGCCGUACUGUAUGGGUGGACGCCAGAAGCUUUCCCUGCGCCAAUCAGGGGAACUGCAUGUGGCUUGGCGAGUUUCUGGGGACGAUUGUUUAGCAUCGUGUCGCCACUCAUUGCGGCACAUCUUUACACUGAAAAUGUCAACGGCCCACUGUAUCUAGCAGGUGCUGGAGUGUUUGUGUGCACGGUGGCACUAAUCUUGAUGCCGGCAAAGAGCAUGGGUGCGCAGAGCUUCUGA